GUCAGACUGCAUCUCCGACCACAUGGAGAUCAUCACUCACUGCUCUGCAAUCGCGCCAACAUGAUACUGAUCCGGCGACUCUGGCUGUUGCCAGCGUUCUUCCUGGCCUGUCUGGUCUAUUACAUCUACCUCUACCCCAGCGAUCCCACCGCGGUCCCCUUCCCCCCAUCGGGUCACAAGACCACCCUCCACUGGACGAAACGCCCCGAGCGAUAUCCUCCCGCCGGGUAUCGAGAACUCCCCACAGGCCCUCUCGAGCAGAUCCCCAAGAUUCAGUUUGACUUCGAUGCACACCCCGAAUCUGCGGCUGCUAAGACGACUCGAGAAACGAGAAGAACUGCGGUCAAAGAAGCAUUCGUUCAUGCCUGGAGUGGAUACAAGAAAUAUGCCUGGGGUCAGGAUGAAGUCGCUCCGGUCAGCGGUGCAUUUCGCUCGAGUUUCGGCGGAUGGGGGGCCACUCUCGUCGACACGAUGGACACCCUCCUCCUCAUGGGUUUGAAGGAUGACUUUGAUCUCUGCGUCGAGCAAGUCAAGCGCAUCGAUUUUACUACCAACGAUGUCGACACGCUGAAUGUCUUUGAAACCACGAUCCGCUACCUCGGUGGUCUCCUUGCCGCAUAUGACCUUACGGACGGAAAGUAUGGGAUGCUCCUCGAUAGAGCCCGGGAACUGGGCGAGAUUCUCUACUCGGCCUUCGAUACUCCCACCCAUAUGCCUAUGACGCGGUGGAACUGGAAAAAAACAGCCUUGGGCGGCGAGAUCGAGCCCGGUACCAACACGCUGCUCGCAGAACUUGGCAGCUUGACUGUCGAGUUCACCCGGUUGAGCCAACUCACCGGCGACUUGAAAUACUUCGAUGCUGUCCAACGGAUCGCAGAGGAGAUGGAAUGGGCCCAGAACACCACCCGUAUCCCUGGUCUGUGGCCUACCAUUGUCAACGCCAAGGAAAUAUCGUGGGAUUAUAACCAUUUUACAAUGGGCGGCAUGGCCGAUUCGACCUACGAGUAUCUGCCGAAGCAGUACAUCAUGUUGGGAGGGCGAGACCAGAAAUACAAGCACAUGUAUGAAGAGGCCAUUGAUACUGCAAAAAGGCACCUCUUCUUCCGCCCGUUGGUGCCAGGGGGUGAGAACAUCCUUUUCAGCGGCAACGCCGCCCUGACUUCUUUGGAGACUAUCCCCAUCGCCAACAUUGAGCCGCAGGCCCAACACCUCGCUUGCUUUGUCAGCGGUAUGGUCGGCAUCGGCGCCAAAAUCUUCUCUCGACCUGACGAGUUGGACGUCGCACGUCGACUAAUCGACGGCUGUGUCUGGGCUUACAAUGCCAUGCCAUCGGGCCUGAUGCCCGAAACCUUCCACAUGAUUGCAUGUCAAAUUGGCACGAAUGAUCCACCGCCCGGAAAAUGUGACUGGACGGAUGAUAAGUGGUAUGAAGGCGUGUCUCGGAAGCAUGCCGCGACCCAAGGAACCGCAAGCAUGAGCGCGGUUGACCGCGGCAAAAAACUCGUCCAGCAACGUCGUCUUUUCCCGGGGUUCACAGACCAUGGCGAUAACAGAUACAUCCUCCGCCCGGAAGCCAUCGAGUCUGUGUUCAUCAUGUACCGGAUAACGGGAGACCCCGGAUACCAAGAUAUUGCGUGGAAAAUGUUCCAGUCCAUCCAGAAAGCCACGAGAACACCCAUUGCGCACGCGGCCAUCCAUGAUGUGAGGCAUGCAGAGCCCGGGAAAAGCGAUCGGAUGGAAAGCUUUUGGCUCGCCGAGACGCUGAAGUAUUUUUACUUGGUGUUUAGUGAGCCGACGUUGGUGAGCUUGGAUGAUUGGGUCUUCAAUACUGAGGCGCACCCGUUGAAGAGGCCGACUGCGUGAGGGCUCGUUGGUACCUCGAAGUGCUACGAGGUAAUGCCUCGUUACGACCCAUGGUCGACAAUCGUCGAAUCUCGAGCAUGGAUUGUGCCCCUGCCUGAGAAACGUUGGGAAUGGCCUCUGGCGUCGGCAGCUCGUCGUUUGAGCCAGCUCUAGCUGCCCUCGGGUCAUUAGGAUACUGUCAUUUCGACUCAGCACGCAUCUUCGGUCCGUCUUCAGGCUUCAGAUUGGUCGGCUAAGACCAGCAGUAAGAGAUCUUGGAUAAAUCUAUACUCGGCGAGAGUGCAUCAAGCCCACAAUCCCCGGUGCUCGGGAGCCUGUUGCACCACAGUAUUUUGGACAGAAUACCGGACUCCUGCGGCGCUUCUUGAAAUCAACGAGCUCCCCAACCACGAUCAGGCCUGAUCUGAUUGACAGUUGGUCAAUCUUGAUCCGGUUUUGUGUGGUCGGCCGUCAAGAGAAGCUGCAAAAACCAAAGAAACUCAGACGAAGAGGCACUUUCUCCAGACCUGCAGUCGCCGUCCGGAAGGGCGACUCGAUCAUUUCCAGCGCCUUUUCGGGGACGGAGGACACACGUACACCCCCUUCUUUCUACAUGGCUGAGGAGCGAUACGAAGCCAACAAGGCACUCACUCAGUUUUCCUGUUUUCCCCUCUUGGGUUUUAGAGGACAUUGGCGCUCGAAAGGGAAAAACGCUGUACACAUAAUUACAUAGAUAGCCACGGUAGAGAAAACCAACAGUCGCCGCAUUUCCUCCUUCUCCAGGAGAUCUCUCUC